AUGUACAUUUACUCGUCCCCCUGUUUACCUUCAGUGGAAAUUUUGUCUGCUAUUCCUCGCCUUUCUCCGACUCUUUCUGCCAUAUGUGAGCCACAGAGCGGCGUUUCAUCGCCUCAUGGCUCUGCAGUUUCUAUUAGUGCUGGCAGCUUUGGACCUGCCCUGACCUGGGGCGUCAACAGUCUUGUCACAGGUCCUACUAGACAUGGCAAGCGAUGCAGCGCUACCUCAAACAGCAAGACAAAUUUAGCUAUGCAACUACAAUCAGCUCUCGGUACAGCUUGGACUCUAACAAUAAAUGAGCUCUCCGCUUCAUCAGCUUCUACCUCGGCUAACUCGUCGGUACCUAUGACAACCUCAAUCUCUUCUGGAAAUAAUGGGACUGGCCUAUCUAAUCGUGCCUAUUCCAAAUCGAACUUGGCUACUACGGUUGCUUUUCUUAUCUGGGGUCGGCACAUGUUGCUGAGUGAUUUGGCAGCUCCGCUUAUCGGUGGCCGGCAACAUCCACUUUUCUUGUUGGCUCUUCAACAACUGGCCAGUUUAGCUACUGAAGAGGCUGUCUGUGCGGAUGAAGUGGAAGAGGCUCUAGUUGAAGCGGAUGGCAAAUCGGAUCAGGAGAGUGGCUGUAUAAAACGACAUCGAUUCUUAGGACAUAGGCAGCGCCUCCUUGUGCAUAUGUUCCGCGAGAGUGGUGUGGAGAUGGAUAAGAUGAUGCCAGUCGGGAGUCAUGUACCUGAAAAAAUGUUGGACGUGCUAGAGGAGCGUGACUUGGAUUUUCUGCUACCCGGCUUGCGUAUAACUAGUGAACUUUCACGCCUUCUUGCUUGUGCUGAUGUCCCUUCCGAAGCUAAUGUCAUUGAUCAAUCUCACCUCAGCUCCCUCCUGUCUAGCUUUCUUAGUCGACAUCAAUCUCAGGCAGAGCGUUGUUCGGAGGAAUUCAUUACUAGUCUUAUGUCUGCGUUGUACAAUCGAGUUUACAACCAAGCGACGCUUGCUGGUUGCAACACGGCUGUUGCCACUCCCUCGGUUGGUUAA